CCGACUCCGGAGACCUGUGUUUGGUUGCAGCGGCGGUAGCCGGUCAUUUCUUAGUGUAGCUGUCUGUGAAGCCUUCCGCUGUCAGACGUGGGGCCGAGGGGUGAGGUGCACGGUUCCCCCCGGGUCCUCGUCGGUGUGCUGAGAGGGGAGACUGACGGAGACGUAGGUGUUCACUGCGAAGGGCCCCCCCGCUCCACUUCCGGUGGGGCAGAAACUCUCAAUUGGAACCCGCAGACUCCCCGGCGCCUGGGAUGAAGUCUUUUCGGUUUCCACAGCGGCGGUGCUGAGCGAAGUGUAAACUCAUCUUCAGGUUUUCUCUGCAAGGCUUUCUGGAACCAUCAAGAGGGAGGAUGUCUGUAACACUGCAUACAGAUGUGGGGGAUAUCAAAAUAGAAGUCUUCUGUGAGAGGACACCCAAAGCAUGCGAGAAUUUCUUGGCUCUUUGUGCCAGUAAUUACUACACCGGCUGUGUAUUUCAUAGGAACAUCAAGGGUUUCAUGGUUCAAACGGGAGAUCCAACAGGCACUGGAAGGGGAGGCAGCAGUAUCUGGGGCAAGAAGUUUGAGGAUGAAUACAGUGAAUAUCUGAAGCACAACGUCAGAGGUGUUGUAUCUAUGGCUAAUAAUGGCCCAAACACCAAUGGAUCUCAGUUCUUCAUCACCUAUGGCAAGCAGCCACAUCUGGACAUGAAAUACACAGUAUUUGGAAAGGUUAUAGAUGGUCUGGAGACUUUGGAUGAACUGGAGAAGUUACCAGUGAAUGAGAAGACAUACAGACCUCUCAAUGAUGUGCACAUUAAGGACAUAACUAUUCAUGCCAACCCAUUUGCUCAGUAGCUCUAAGAGACCUGGACAGACACUUGGUGGACUUCACUGGAACAUAGCCAUGUGGUUUAUCCAGUUCUGGUUAUGUCAGAGACUAUGGUCCUUCUGCUGUUGACGGGAAUGAUGUCUGUCUGGGAGACCUGCAGCAUUCACCCCCAUUUGUGAGCAUAUUCUGUUCCACUGCUGUUGUUGUAAUUUAAAUACAAGAAAGCAAUGCCUUGGUUUUAUUA